GACAACAUCGCUACAAGGAAAAAGCCACGACAGCACACAGCAGUUUAAUUCAGUGCUCUGUGUAGCAAGCAGCGAGACGAUUCAUUGAAGCGAUUCACACUGUAGUAGUAGUAGUAGUAGUGUGUGUUUGAAGGCUCUUGGUUUCACCUCUGAAGGACAUACACUGACACUCUGAAGAUGCAGCUCAGCCUGGUUUUAACCAGUCUUCUCAGUUUGAUCGCGUGGAUUAUUUUGGGUCAUGCAAUGUCUGCUCCUGCACCGACGUCAGACUGUUGUCUCCAGUGGUCCCGCACCAAACUUCAUCCCAAACAAAUUAGGAAUUACACCAUCCAGUCUGAAGGCGUCUGUCCCAUCAAGGCAGUAGUGUUUCUGACGGUUCGUGAAAAGAUAGUUUGCUCCAAUCCAGAGACUACCUGGGUAAAAAACGCAAUUCUGAAGGUGGACAGGAAGAAAAAAGUGCAGCUUGACAAAGUGGCAACAACAAUUGGCAUGACACCAGCACCAUCCACAGCAUCAACAAAAGGACAGAAUGAAGAUGGAUCAACUAGUGACCUGCCAGAUUUCACUAACUACAAGACAACCUGAAUCAAAUAUAUAUCUGCCAUAUGUAUAUAAGGAUGUGUUGAGCAUAUCUAUUUGUGGUAAUUAUUUUAAUAUUGACACGAAUGCUAUAUUUGUACCUUUCUGCUAUUAGUAAACAAUAAAGCACUUUUUCA